UGUAGACAGAAGGCUGUAAAUAAUCACCAUAAAUAGUCUGCGACAACACAGUCUAUAAUACAUUUAUUUGCUAUAAAAUAAACAUCGAACAAGACGACGAGCAUAUUCUAAUUUUUGUUUUUAUAUUAAAAAAUAAAUAAAAAUAAUAUCAGACAAAAUGUCAAUGAUGAAUCAACCCUCGUUGACGGAUAUCACCGUCCAGCUCAUGAAUAAUAUUGACAACAUCGAUAUCGAGAGGAUAUGCCAAAACAUCGAGCAAUGUAUGUCUAUCUGUAGAGGUGGCCGAACUGGAUGUUCCGAGGGCUUCCUGUGCCAAAUUAAUCAUGUACGUUUCCAUAAAAAUGUGAAGAGGGCUCGCACAUAUUCAGCCAGCCAAUACGACAGGAGUGGGCAGUGCGACGACGAAACAACUAUACGAGAGAAUGACGAAGGACAGCGUGUGGUCGAGAAUUUGCCCGAGAUCGCGCGUGAGUUGAACGAGUACAAAACGAAAGAAAUGGCGAUUCAUCCCAUGAGUGAGCAGUAUACUGCAUUAUGUCCUUUAUGAUACUUGCUAGUCCGUAAUUAAAGAAUAUGGGUUUUAAGUUUAAGAAUAUAUUAAAACAGCCCUGAUGUAUGACUGUAUCCCGUUUGUACAGAUGCAC